AUGCAUGUCCAUGAUUCCAUACCCGCAACUCUACACAAGCAUCAACCUCCACUUCUGGGCGCGUCGCGUCUUGCGGCAGUCUUACCUAUCACACCAGACACUCUUUCCGAUUUGGGCGCAAAUCUACGGACCCUUCUCCAACAACCUGGCGCUCUGUCAGAAAUCGUGCUGGUCACUCCCCCACAGUACCAUGCCAAGACUCGUCAUACUCUUCAGGUUUCUCUAUCCGAUGAGGAUGACGCCGAUGUCGAGAUCUCCAUCACCCCUUGGUCUUCCUCCAUCGGCCAAGAACUCGCGACCCUUCAAGCUGCUCAGAGGCUCUCUACGGACUGGGUCCUCUUGUUGGACGAAGGUGGCCUGACUGGACACGGCAGCAAAACGCACGACACGCUACUCCUGCGAAUCAAGCCUGCAGCUGUUUCUCCCCUUGGUCCGCGCGGUAUCGACUACUAUCUAGACGGUGUCACCUGCAUCACGCCGUCCCACACUCCCCGGAAAGCUGCGCAUCUCGUUCCUCCAAUGAUAUUGCCUACGGCUUUCCUUCCGCCUACUAUCGAUUCUACACCUGGCACUGACCACUGGGCUGCCCUGGGCGAUUAUGUCUCGCGCUCUCAGCGUGAGCUCUCUGGUGGCAUGGUUCUAGGCUCCUCUGAUGACUCGUCCGUGGACUGGUGCUCUCGCUAUGCACCAAAAGCCCUGGACGGCUCUCGCCUCCCAAUUCAUAUCCUUCCCGAUAGCCCGGAGAAGCUGCCGCAAAAUCUCCCUGCCGUCCAAGAAGUACCUGAAAUGAACGACACCCAUCCUGGGUCGGUUCUCGUCGUGGUUUCCACGGUCGACCUCACGUAUAUUUCGCCCAUCGCCUGCGGGCUUCUCCACAAAGGGCAUCAUGUUGAUCUCUUCGUGACGGACGGCAGUGCCACAGUACUCGGCGUAGGCUGCCAACUACCAGUCCUCGCUUUCCCUGCGGCUGUGCUGGGAGAUGGAAUGUCACUACAGGGUACUCUGACCGCCGCUGUAGUCCAAAAUUUGGAUGUUGUCAUAUCGGUUCGGGAGAUACAAUUCCAGUCUCAAUUUUCAGCUUUCCUCGCCGAUCACCGCCCCUUCGUGACCCAUGUCUGCGUACCUCGAGAAGACCUACCCUACACAGACUGGAUGGCCGUCAUGGAUCUUGAGGAGUGGAAGAAUUGGCAUGUCCCGCGGGUCGAGCUGUCGGUCAUCACAAACGAUCGACCUCAGUCGCUGCAGCGACUACUGUCCUCCCUGGGCGAAGCGCGUUAUUUUGGCGACACACUGGAUAUGCGUAUCAAUAUUGAGCAAACCGCCGACGAUGACACGUUGCGUAUCGCGAGUGACUAUGCAUGGGAUCGCGGGAACGUCUUUCUGCACCAUCGUAUCGUCCACGGAGGCCUCCUUCCUGCGGUCGUCGAGUCCUGGUACCCUCGUGGCAACGACUCCUACGGGCUCAUCCUCGAGGACGACGUCGAGCUUUCUCCGUUGUUCUAUGCAUACCUCAAGUUCACUCUGCUGCGCUACCGAUAUGGCCGACAAGAAGACCGCGACCCUCACCUCUUCGGCAUCAGCCUCUACCAGCAGAAGAACCUCGAGCUGCGCCCCGAAGGCCGCCACCUCUUCGACGCGCGCGUCGCCUUCGCCGCCGCCGGCCUCCCGCACGCGCACACGCCCUACCUCUCGCAGAUCCCGUGCAGCUGGGGCGCGCUCUACUUCCCCGAGCACUGGCGCGAGUUCCACGCGUACCUCGGCGCGCGCCUCGCGGAGCACGCGCUGCCGCUCGCGCAGACGGUCGUGCCCGGGGUGCGCUCGAACCGCUGGACGCGCUCGUGGAAGCGCUACUUCAUCGAGCUCGUCUUCCUGCGCGGGUACGUGAUGCUCUACCCGAACUACGCGCGCUUCGCGUCGCUCUCGACGAACCACCUCGAGGUCGGCUCGCACGUGCGUGAUGUGCCGACGGACGUGUACCUCCGCAAGAAGAAGCUGUUCAACCUUCCCCUCAUGCCGUUGCCCGAGGCGGGAGACGAGGGGGUGCUCCUGAUCACUGGGCUACUCGAGCUUCCGGAUGAACGCCUCCCGAAGUGGGACGCUUUGCCGGUGCUUGACUUGCUCGGCGCCAUUGUCGACCAGGAGACGGUCUCGCAGAGGGGCACAGAACGGAGGACGGUGCUCACGGGGUGCGAAGAAUUGCCUUCGCGGCUGCACGACGCGCGGGAGCUCCUUUGUAUGCAGUGA